CAGCCAAGUGACAACUGACAUCGACGCCUAUGUAUAUUGUAUUCCUAGAUUUGAAUCUCUAAAAAAACCACUAUGGCAAUUGGUGUGGAUUCUUCAAAAUGGAAACCUAGAAAGGUAAAAGGAACACCUGCAGCAAGAGUAGGAAAUCUAAUAGCUUUGGGUGUUCUAACUUUUGGAGUUAUAAGCGGAGUAGCAUAUCACGUUUGGUGGACACCACCAAAGCUGAGAAAAGCUGUCGAAAAGCUUUAUGAAGACCCUAUUGAAGAAGUAGAACGACGAAUGAUGAUUGCAAGUGGUCUACCGAAUAGAUCUGGUGACAUGAUUAGAAAGCUAAUGGAAGAAGAUGCAAGAACGGAUUUACCACAUAAAUAAUAUGAAUGUAGAUAAGUUUAGUAAUAGAUCCAAUGAGACUUCCAGCGAAAUCCUUAGUAAAUAUUUUAAUAAGGGAGAAGCAAUGGACGAGAGUUUGUCUGAAUUUCAAGAAAAGAAGAAAAAUAAUGCUGGCCCAAAAAGCCAAAGCAAACCUAAAAGGAAACCAAAGAAAAAACCAAAAGGUCAAAAAGAUAUUAGAAAUCUUAUGAAACCUAAGAAAAAUGAAUUAAUUUCUUAUUCAAAAGACUUUGAUGGUAUUUGUAAGCAGUCAGGAAUAGAUAUAGAUUCUGAAGAAUUACAACUUGCAAUUGCACUGUCAAAAUCUUUACAGGAAAAUGAAUCUACUCAGAAUGUAUGCAAAGAAACAUCAAAACCUAUGACAUCACAGGAAAGAACUAAGGUUAUAAGGGCCACACUUCAAGAAUAUGGGUUUAAAGCAAGCAAAGGUAUUAACUCUGGUAGGAGUCUAGGAAAGAAAAAAUACAAAUUAUUAACAAUAAGUAAUGAAGAGAAAGAACAAAUUAUUUAUGAUAAAUAUGCUGAGGUACUUUCUUCACAAGGAUCUUAUAAAAGCAUUCCAAUUCAAGUGGAUAAUUCUCAAAGUCAUCUAUAUCAUCUUGCCACAUCUAUUGACUACAAUGACAUGAAUUAUAACUUAUUUUAUGUCACAGGUUUGAUUGAAAAAUCACCAAACUUCUCCCUGUUGAAGGAUUGGUCAAAAAUACCUGGUAGGCCAGUAAGCCCUGUUUUUGAAGGUCCAUAUAUAAGUUUUGUAGAUAUGGAAUGCUCAUCAAAAGACUUAGAUCAUAUACUGAGUGGUACAAUAAAGUCAACACAAGAAAUUAUAUGGGAAAAGGUUCUAGGGAAUAAUUUGAGCUCACAGAACCAACUUAUGGAGGAAUUAUCCAAAGAAUCAGAGAAGAAUGCUUGUAAUUUAAAAAUGAAUACUAAUGAUGGUAUAUUACCACUGAGCAAUUCAACAUUAAUGACUAGUCAAAAUCGAAGCAACUCUCCAGAUUUAUUUGAUGAUGAAGUCACUCUAAUAAUGGACAGUAACAAGUCUGAGAGAUUAUUUGAUGACAAUUCUAUACAAAUAACAACAUCCAUUGAUUUGACUCAAAAUGUAAAUACUUGUAUAUCUAUGAAACCUCACUUUACAGACUUGUCAGAAUUCAAAAUAAAUAACAAUUUAGUGAAUAUUACAGAUUGUGCUUAUGAAUCUGAAAAUAUUAAAAUUGAUCUCACUCAAAGCUUUGACAGUAAAAGAAACUCCAAUGGAGCUGAUGAACAAAUGGAACAAUGUAUAAGUAAAAAUAUAAACAUAAAUUGUCAAACUAAUGAACCUUCUAACGUAAUCAAUACACAAGUAAUUUUUAAUAAUUGUAGCACUGACAAAACUAUUCUGUUCGAUUUGAGUCAAUCUUCAAAUUCUAGUGAUGACUUACCUGAAAUAAAAAUGAAUUUAAAUACAAAUAAAUCAUCAGAAGACACUAUAAUUGUACCAGAUGAUUUUAGUAUACCAAAACACAAGAAAUCAUUUGAAAAUCUAACGAAUAGUUCAAAGAUAUUUGACUUGACAACUUGUUUGAAUGACCUAAAAGCUGUACAUGAGCAAGAAAGUAAAUUUAACAAAUACUGUUUGAAUAAUACAACAACUGAAAGUCUGGAAGCUGAUAAGAGGAGCACUGAUUUAACAUCUGUUGAUUUUGAUGUUAAUAAUGACUUAAAUGCUGUCAAUAAUAAACACUCUGAUAACAGUGCUACUCUAUUAAAUACAGAUAAAGAAAUAAAUACUGAAUCAAAAAUAGUUGCAAAUAAUAUUAAUAAUGAAAGUCUUUUAGAUAUCCUAGACAGUAUUGAGGAAAGUACAAGUGAAACAGAGGAAUGUGAUAGAAUUGUUAUAACUAAUUCAUCUGAUGAUUGUUCUGUGGAUGGACAAAAUAUAGAUGAAAGUAAUGUCUUUGGACAUUGCAGCUAUACAAUUGAAGAAACCAAAAAUAAUAAAAAUAAUUUAGUACAAUAUAAAAAAAAUGAUAUUACUAAUUCUUCCAAUGAUAAUUCUGUAGAUGGUCUAAAUAUAGAUGCAAAUAAUGACUUUGAACUGGGCAAUGACUAUGUGUCUAUUAACUAUGAUGAUAAUGAUUUAGGAAUAGAAAAUUAUAACCCUUGUUCAAGUGAAAGUACCAUUGCUAUAGAUUUGAACAUUUCAAAAUAUACACCAAAUACUAAAAAAUAUUCUGGAAGUUUUAACUGUUCAUUAAAACCACAGGAAAAUUACGAUUAUGUUGGUACUUCAAUAAUGGAAUUAACAGACAGCAACAAAAUAAAUUAUGAUAGAAGUUUAAAUAGAUCAUUAAGUGAUAGUUUUUUACCCUUAGUUGAAGUAAGAGGUAGAGAUCGGCCAACACAAUCACAAAAUAUGGUUUCUGAUGAAAGAAAGUGUGGAACUUUUGGCCAGGAAUCAGAUUAUGAUAUUGUAAAAACACCUUGUGACAAGGAAUAUAUAAUUAAAACAGAUUGUGUUACACCUAUGAGAGAUUAUGAAUCUAUGUCGAGUCCUGAAAGAAAUAUGGAAUUAGAAAGGUAUGGUUUGAAACCAUUCAGGCGAAAAAGAGCAAUUCAACUACUGACAUAUAUCUAUGAUCAAACACAUCCUAUAAUGGAUGCUAGCAAUCAGGCAUCACCCUCAAAAAGAAGAAAAGUAUCAGCAAGUAUAUCCCCAAUGAAACACCAGUCACCUGUAAAAGUAAUACAAGAACUAAAUAUAAAUAAUAUGGAGAAUAUUUAUGUGGAAACAAAUACUUUACCACUUAUAAAGGAAAUUGCAUGUAGUCCUGAUGAUUGGGUGUUUCAGACAAGGGAAAAGGCUAAGGUACAGUCAUGUCGAUUGCCACUGCACGUCGCAUUCCACAACUACGUGAGCUGUCGUCGACGGCUGCAGGACGCCAUCUUGUCGUACGAGCCGAUCGACAUUGAUUGUGUUCACAAACAACUGGUGGCGAGCGGUUAUCGAUACAAUCCGAAGGAUUUGCUCAAAUUUAUGGAUAAAAAGUGCAUCACAGUGAAGACCGCAGAAAAGAACAAUCGUAAUAGAAGAUAGAUCGUGUUUAUAUUUUGUGGUUUAAAUUAAAAAAUUUCAAAUUU